GCGGUGGAGGCGUUCUGGCUGGAGUCGGCAGAGUUCCUGAGAUUCCCCGGUUCUGGAAGGCUCCCCGCGGAGACAAGUGAGCCUCUGCCAUAGGGAUUCUGCAGAGAACAUUGUCUCCUAGUGCUACGUGCCAGCAUCACUUACCUGGAGUGGCCGAGACCCUGAGAUGUUCAGAGGGCGUUUUUGCUCACCAGCAAACAGCCUGCAUCUCAGCCAACACCUGUGCCCUCCUGAGAAGAGUCUGAUAUGCCCAAGAUAAUCCUGAAUGGUGUCACAGUGGAUUUCCCAUUCCAGCCGUACAAAUGCCAACAGGAAUACAUGACCAAGGUCCUGGAAUGUCUGCAGAAGAGAGUGAACGGCAUCUUGGAGAGCCCCACAGGCACAGGGAAGACACUCUGCCUCCUGUGCACCACGCUGGCCUGGCGGGAACACCUCCGAGACACCAUCUCUGCCCGCAAGAUUGCCGAGCGGGUGCAGGGGGAGCUUUUCCUCGAUCGGGCCUUGUCAUCCUGGGGGAAUGCCGCUGCUACUGAUGGAGACCCCAUAGCUUGCUACACGGACAUCCCAAAGGUCAUUUACGCCUCCAGGACCCACUCACAGCUCACACAGGUCAUCGGCGAGCUCCGGAACACCUCCUACCGGCCCAAGGUGUGUGUGCUGGGCUCCCGGGAGCAGCUGUGCAUCCACCCCGAGGUGAAGAAGCAGGAAAGCAACCAUGUGCAGAUCCACUUGUGCCGCAAGAAGGUGGCAAGUCGCUCUUGUCACUUCUAUAACAACGUGGAAGGGAAGAGCCUGGAGCAGGAGCUGGCCGCCCCCAUCCUGGACAUCGAGGACCUGGUCAAGAGCGGGAGCAAGCACAGAGUGUGCCCCUACUACCUUUCCCGGAACCUGAAACCGCAAGCUGACAUCAUCUUCAUGCCGUACAAUUAUUUGUUGGAUGCCAAGAGUCGCAGGGCGCACAACAUUGACCUGAAGGGGACAGUCGUGAUCUUUGAUGAAGCUCACAAUGUGGAGAAGAUGUGCGAGGAGUCAGCAUCCUUCGACCUGACCCCUCACGACUUGGCUUCGGGACUGGACGCCAUAGACCAGGUGCUGGAGGAGCAGGCCAAGGCGGCGCAGCAGGGCGAGCUGCGGCUGGAGCUCAGCGUGGACUCCUCCAGCGCAGGGCUGAACGUGGAGCUGGAAGACAUCGCGAAGCUGAAGACGAUCCUGCUUCGCCUGGAGGGGGCCAUCGACGCUGUCGAGCUGCCUGGAGACAACAGUGGCGUCACCAAGCCAGGGAGCUACAUCUUCGCGCUGUUUGCCGAAGCCCAGAUAACGCAUCAGACCAAGGGCUGCAUCCUGGACUCGCUGGACCAGAUCAUCCAGCACCUGGCAGGACGCGCCGGAGCGUUCACCAACACGGCUGGAUUGCAGAAGCUGGCAGACAUCAUCCAGAUCGUGUUCAGUGUGGAUGCCCCCGAGGGCGGCCCCAGUUCUGGGGUAGGGCUGGGGGCCUUGCAGUCCUAUAAGGUGCACAUCCACCCCGACGCCGGUCCCCGGAGGGCGGCUCCGCGGUCAGACUCCUGGAGCACCACGGCCCCCAGGAAGCCAGGGAAGGUGCUGAGCUACUGGUGCUUCAGCCCCGGCCACAGCAUGCGCGAGCUGGUCCGCCAGGGUGUCCGCACCCUCAUCCUCACCAGCGGCACGCUGGCCCCUGUGUCCUCCUUUGCCCUGGAGAUGCAGAUCCCUUUCCCCAUCUGCCUGGAGAACCCCCACGUCAUCGACCAGCACCAGAUCUGGGUGGGCAUUAUCCCCAAAGGCCCCGACGGAGCCCAGCUGAGCUCCGCCUUCGACAAACGGUUUUCUGAGGAGUGUCUGUCCUCCCUGGGGAAGACUCUGGGCAACAUCGCCCGCGUGGUGCCCCAUGGGCUCCUGGUCUUCUUCCCUUCCUACCCCGUCAUGGAGAAAAGCCUGGAGUUCUGGCGGGCCCGAGACUUGGCCAGGAAGGUGGAAGCGCUGAAGCCGGUGUUCGUGGAGCCCAGGAGCAAGGGCGGCUUCUCGGAGGUCAUCGGUGCUUACUACGAGAGGGUGGCCUCCCCCGGGUCCAGCGGAGCCAUCUUCCUGGCAGUGUGCCGGGGCAAGGCCAGCGAGGGACUGGACUUCUCAGACAUGAAUGGCCGUGGUGUGAUGGUCACAGGCCUCCCAUACCCGCCACGCAUGGAUCCCCGGGUUGUCCUCAAGAUGCAGUUCCUGGACGAGAUGCAGGGUCAGAGCAGGGCUGGGGUCCAGUUCCUCUCUGGGCAGGAGUGGUACCGUCAGCAGGCAUCCAGGGCUGUGAACCAGGCCAUCGGGCGGGUGAUCCGGCACCGCCAGGACUACGGGGCUGUCUUCCUCUGUGACCACAGGUUUGCCUACGCCGAUGCCAGAGCCCAGCUGCCCUCCUGGGUGCGUCCCUACGUCAAGGUGUAUGAAAACUUUGGCCACGUUAUCCGAGAUGUGGCCCAGUUCUUCCGUGUCGCUCAGAAAACCAUGCCGGCGCCAUCGCCCCGGGCUGUGGCCCCGAGUCUGGGUGAGGAGGAAGAUGCUGCCAGGGUGGCCAAGAACCCGGGCCCCUCCCUCUCCACCAGGAAAGCUAAGAGCCUGGACCUGCACGUCCCCAGCCUGAAGCAGAGGCCCUCAGGGUCACCAGCUGCUGGGGACCCCGAGAGCAGCUUGUGUGUGGAGUAUGAGCAGGAGCCAGUCCACACCGAGCGGAGGCCCACAGGGCUGCUGGCCGCCUUGGAGCACAGUGAGCAGCGGGCCACGGGGCCUGGGGACGAGGCCCACCCUGGUGCAGAGGAGGCACACGGCGGCGCCGCCUUGCCCGCCCGGUGUGAGAAGAGGCUGGCAGAUGAGCAGAGAGGAGGGAGGAGGAAAGUCAGGCUGGUCCGCCACCCGGAGGAGCCGGUGGCGGCUGGCGCCCAGGUGGGCAGAGCCAGGCUCUUCAUGGUGGCCGUGAAGCAGGUGCUGAGCCAGGCCAGCUUUGACACCUUCGCCCGGGCGCUGCAGGACUACAAGGGCUCUGACGACUUCGCAGCCCUGGCAGCCUGCCUCGGCCCCCUCUUUGCCGAGGACCCCAAGAAGCACAGCCUGCUCCAAGGCUUCUUCCAGUUUGUGCGGCCCCACCACAAGCAGCAGUUCGAGGAGCUGUGCGUCCAGCUGACGGGCCAAGGCUGCGGCUACCGGCCUGAGCAUAGCCUUUCCCGAGAGCAGCCGGCACAGCCAGCCCUGGACUUCAGCGGAGGGAGGGAGCCUGACUCCAGGCUGACCCUGUCCGAGGCUGUGGCCACGCAGCUGGAUCCCAGAGAGCACCUGAACCAGGGUGGGCCCCACCUGUCCACCAGGCCGCUGGGCACAGCAGACCGUGGCAGCCGUCCACAAGUGGGAUCCGGGGGCCGGCCUGCCGCUAGCGCCUACCUGGCAGAUGCCCGCAGGGCGCUGGGGUCUGCAGGCUGUAGCCAGCUCUUGGCAGCACUGAAAGCCUACAAACAGGACGAUGACCUCGACAAGGCGCUGGCUGUGCUGGCGGCCCUGACCACAGCAAGGCCCGAGGACUUCCCCCUGCUGCACAGGUUUGGCAUGUUCGUGCGUCCCCACCACAAGCAGCGCUUCCUGCAGACUUGCACAGACCUGACCGGCCUGCCCUCCCUGGGCACAGGCGUGGGGCUGUUGGGACCCCAGGAAGAGAGCUCCACUGCGCCUCCUGAGCUCACCCAGGGGCCUCCCCAACCAGGCCCCGCACAAUCGGAGAGACCUGUGAAGACCCAGAGCAAGAUCUUGUCCUUUCUUAGACAGAAGCCAGCCGGGGCUUUGGGGCUUGACAGUGCCGCCGCAGGGCCCAGCCAGCCCCACGGGCACGUGCAGUCUGAGCGGGGUGAGCCUGGUGGGACAGGCGGCACCCAGCAGCAGGCUGCGGGUGCUCCCAGGGGGCCCCUUGCGACAGGCUUUCUGUGCCGGGGCUGCGGAGCAGAGGACGUGGUGCUCUUCCAGUGCCCCUCCUGUGACUUCCACCGCUGCCAGGCCUGCUGGCGGCGGCACCUCCAGGCUUCUAGGACGUGCCCAGCCUGCCACGCCGCCUGCAGGAAGCAGAGCAUCACACAGGUCUUCUGGCCAGAGCCCCAGUGAGCCCUCGUGGAGACCCUUGGGUCACCCCUGCCGUGGCACUUGCCUGUCCAGCUCUGGCGUGGCUGAGCCCACCCAACAGGGCCUGGUGCCCGCCUGCCAGGCCCAGUGCAGGCCUCAGACAGGGCCCAGGGUUCAUCCCUGUGGGCAGGACCUCGGCCUGCAAAGCCCUGGCUGUCGAAGGUGCUUCCCCCAGAUUCCCCCGCGUCUGGCUGAGGAGUGGCGCCCCAGGGGCAUCUCAGCUGAGCCCCCAGUCAGGAAGGAGGGGAUCCCGUGUGCCCAUGUGCCCACUUUUAAUUAGAGGACAGGGCUCGCUAAUAAAGCUGUGGCAG